CUAACGACGCCGUUGCGAUCUUCAUUGCGCGCGCAGUGUUGAAAAGUGUGUUUGAAAUAUUAACGCUUUGUUUUUUCGGUACAGCGUCGGUCUUCAGCUGCUCGAAUUUUCGCUUAAUUGCUUGUGUUUAUUCAUUUGGGAUUUCCUCGUGGCCAAUUGGGAAUAGCAUAUACUUAGCCAUGGACGAUUCACGCAGAUCGAUGGCGGGCAAGUUUCACUUCCAGCAGAUCGAUUCCCGUAGCUCAUCGAUAAUGACAAACGAUGAGAGCGUCUCCAUGUAUUUAUCCUUUGACGCGGAGGACACUCUAUCCAAUGCCAAGUGGCAAUCGGCCCUGGUCACUCAGAGCAGCCAGUUCCUGGAGGUGCACAACACCAAGAUGGAGGUAAACAGCGAUGAUAUGGACCUAAGGCGCACUAUCCUGAAGGAUCUGCAGCAGUUGACCAUCGGGGAACCUGACCAAAAUUCGCCCCUCCGCCCAUUUGACAAAAGUAUUCUCAACCGGCACAACGCCUUGUGCUCCACUCCCUCCAAGGGCAAUUCGACCGCAACGCAGCCACCACAGAUAAUGGAAAGCAUGGAUCUGACCCAAAUUGAUAAGGAGAACACCCAUCCGGAGGGGCACAAUCACAGUGGCGGCGAUAACUCGACCUUGUCCAGUUCAGUGGACGUGACCGCCAAUACGGUUAAGGCCAAUACCCUAAAAACUGGCGAUGCUACCAUGGACAAUGUAUCCUUGCAGGAGGCUGCCAAGACCCCAGGUCCCAGCCAAGUCUAUCCCUUGAGUGCGAACGUUGUUUUAGAGAAUAUAACUGAAGUAUCCAACGAAGGGGUAUCCAUGCUGGUCUCGCCCGGAGCCGAAAAAGAGGUCGCCAAUGUCAACGAGGUAGUGAACGAAGUCUCUGAGCUAAUUGCCAAAGCUCUAAAGAUCUCCGCUGAUUCUGUGAAGCCAAAGACAUCCAAAUUGAAGGUUGAGGCGGGCAAGAAGAGGCAGUCCAUGAGCUCCACUUAUUCGGGUGCCGCCCUACCGCGCCCUCGGCGCUCCUAUCUGCCCACCACCACCGCAGAGACGCGCACGUACUCCUUCAAGCAGCGCAUGUCGGUGGUGGUCAAGACUACGCUCAACAGCCCAGCUCGCAAGCGGAGUAUCGGCGGCGGUGUGCCACUAAGCCGUCGCAGCUGCUUGCCCGUCUCCAAGCUAACAAAGAGCAACAUAAAAAAGUCGAUCGCUGUGGCCAGCGGUCGUUCGCCCGAGAAGAUCGCCUCAAAUCCGGCGAAGACAUCGACAAAAAGCCAUCUGGAGACAGUUUUUAGCUGCAAGAAUUGCAGCGCAACCUUUCGAGUGAAGUCACUUCUUGACGUUCAUAUGCGAAUGCACGAUCCGGUCGACAACGGACCCAAUACCCUAAAGCGUCUGAACAGCAAUACGGUUGCAGCGGGAGGAUCGAAGAAUCGCUGCAAGUUUUGCGAUAAGAAUUUCGCACUGGAACGUGCUUUGCACAUCCAUCUAAUGCAGAACUGCGACAAGAUACCGCCGUCCGAGAAACGCAAGCUGCAGUUCACCGAGCUGAACCACGAGAAGAAGGCCCAGCUGCCAAAGAUCGGUGCAACCAGUGUCAUUAACCAUCCCAUGACGGUGCCCCAGAAGCCACAGCAACGCAUGAGUACCAUUCCCAAAUUGGCUCCCUCACAAGGAGUCCAGUCCAUGGCUCCUCCGAGCGUGAAGAAAGUUCCCAAGAACGUGGCGCAUGCCGGCGUCUACCGCACUCCCACAAAGACUGUGCCCUGCCACAUCUGCAAGCAGUCGUUUAGGAGCAUACUCGAGUUCACAAACCACAGCCUGACGGUGCAUGGAACGAACCAGCUAAAGAAGAUGACCGGCAAAGAGGAUGCACAGAGUGCUCAGGAUUAAAUUAAACGAUUCGUGUGUAGCCUAGUCUAUGUCUAAGUUAAGUGCUGUGGCGUAGAUGUGGUCCAGUUCCGGCGCUUCAGCUGCACGACUGGACUGCUUUGUGAAUUUUCUAGUUUUUCGUAAGCUUAAUAUGACAUUCGCACAAAAAAAAAACUAUCGUAGUGUAAAUGACAGUAAAUACAUUAUAUUCUAGGUUACUGAA